AUGGAGAUGGGGAAGGGACCCUUCUCGGUGGAGUGGCUGGCCCAGAGCAGCCGUGGCGGAGCCCGGCCUGCCGGCCCCCGCUCCCCGCCCGGCGGCCCGGAGACCCCGGCGGACCUCGGUGAGUCCCGCCUCUCCUCACGGGCCGGUCGCGCGACGGGACGGUUGGUGGCGGCCGUUAGCGUAACGGUCCCGGCACGUGAGACCGUCAGGGGACAGCAGCCGCACCUGCGGCCGCUGCCUACGUCACCGCCGCCCCCCGCCCUUGACCUUCCCCCCCCUCCCCGGCGUGUCCCCGCAGCCGCGCUCCGGGACCGGGAGGCCGCGGGUCGCAGCAGCCCCGGGCACGACGCGAACGGCGGCGGCCCCACCGCGCCCGGGCGGCCCCGCACCAAGUUCUCGGCCGCGCAGCUGCAGGAGCUGGAGCGGAGUUUCCGCGAGCAGCGCUACAUCGGCGCCAGCGAGAAGCGGCGCCUGGCCGCCCUCCUCAACCUCUCCCAGAGCCAGAUAAAAACGUGGUUUCAGAAUCGCCGUAUGAAGUUUAAACGUCAGACUCAAGAUGCCAGGGUGGAAGCUCUUUUCUCAGGCUUAUUUUUGCCCUAUCGUUGUUACCCAGAUGUUGCUACCUCCAGAUACUCUCAUGGGAUGGACAUCAGUAUCUCUUCUACCUCUGCUGUUUCCCUUCACACAGCUAUGCCAAGCCCUUCCUUGUUGUUACCUUCUGUUCCAGCUCAGUCCCUUCAGCCCGUUUUGCCAAGUCCAGCUUUACUGUUGCCUCCCAGCCCAGGACUAUCUUGUUACUCUUCUGUAAUUCCAGCAAUGACUCUAACUGAUGACCAUAAAAGACUGAGGUUCCAGCCGUAUCUUCCCUCCUGUUAA